AAAAUGUAUUCUUUAAAGGAAAUGACUUAAAUUUAAAUAUAUCUUCCAAAUUAUGAUUAUUUGGAUAGAAACUAGUAUAGCUGGGGUAAGUGCAAAGAAUUUUUGGUUUAGUGCACAUUUGAUUAGAUAUAAGUUUAUGUUCCUUUGUGUUAAAAGACUUCUAAACUCUGCAUAAAUUUGAAAAGACUAAGAAAACCAUUAAAUGUUUAUAAAGAAGAAUACCUCUGCUUGAAAAUGUAAAAUUUGAAUUAGAGACUUAAAUCUUUAGUUUCUGCUUGUGCAAUAUGA